CAGGCUGACAGCGGGUGUGGUGAAUAACUACGGAGUGAUUCGUAAAGUGAUUCACAGUGUGCUUUGAGAUCUGCUCUAGCUUUAAACCCUAUUUUCUCUCGGUUACUAUUAUUGUAGGUGAGAUAUUGAAGAUGUCUUCCCGCAAAACUGCCGGUCGUCGUGCCACCACGAAGAAACGCGCUCAGCGUGCGACAUCGAAUGUUUUCGCGAUGUUCGAUCAAGCGCAAAUCGCCGAGUUCAAAGAGGCUUUUAACAUGAUUGACCAGAAUCAUGACGGAUUCAUCGACAAAGAGGAUUUGCACGAUAUGCUGGCCUCUUUGGGCAAAAAUCCUACUGAUGAAUAUUUAGAGGCAAUGAUGAAUGAAGCACCUGGACCUAUUAAUUUUACAAUGUUCCUGACAUUGUUUGGAGAGAGACUGCAAGGAACUGACCCUGAAGAUGUGAUCAAGAAUGCUUUUGGUUGUUUUGACGAGGAAAAUACUGGUCAUAUAAAUGAGGAACGCCUUCGUGAACUGCUCACGACAAUGGGCGACAGAUUUACGGACGAUGAUGUAGACGAAAUGUACCGCGAGGCGCCAAUAAAAGGCUCCAUGUUUGACUAUUUGGAAUUUACUCGAAUCCUGAAACAUGGCGCGAAAGACAAGGACGAGCAGUAGUGAGGAUUUAUCUAAAAAAGUUUAUCGCGUAUCCUGACAUGAAAUCUUAAAUAAUAUUUGAAAUUUCUCACACGCCUCUCGCGUUUUUCGAUUCAACGGAUCUUAGAACCAUGAAAUAUUAUUAUGAGUAAUUUUUUUCUGAUUUUAUUGAUUAGAAAAUUAUGUACAUACACACCGAACAAUUUCAAAUCGUAAUCUGCAUUAGAAAUUAUAGUUUCGUUUUCUUGGAAAUGUCUGUUUGUAUUUAUACUUGUCGAAUUUGAAAAUAUAAGCUCAAUAAGUACGAGAUAAAUUUAAAAGCGUGAGGUGUGUAUGUAUGUCAUAUAGAAAAACUUUUUUGAAGUAUUCAAAAAUAACAAUUUUUCGAAUGAAUUGCUGUACAGACGGUAAAAGUUAAAUAUGUAAGAUAUUUAUAUACAUAAUGCAGCCGUGUAACUCUGUUGUAGAUUCAGCAUUUAUAUUUUAAUAUAAUAUUCUAUUGCAUACGAA